AUGUCGUCGGCUGUAGCGGAACUGGAUAGCUACCUUCGGUCCAUGCUGGCUUUGAAGCCUCCCGGGAUUACAGGCUCCAAGGUUCACAGUAUCACCAGACUGUGCACCGCCAAUGUUCAAGAUGAACCCGUUCUCAUCCAAAAAGUCUACACCCACUUCAAGAAGGUUCCCGCCACCCACAAGCUGGGCGAUCUCUAUGUGGUCGACUCUAUAGCCCGGCAUGGGUGGACGCCACUCGCAAAGGCUGGCCGGUCUCCACGAAGCGCCGCGCCGGAUGGGACCUACGCUGGUGGUGUCGAUCGAUUGACCAAGUUGCUGCCCGUGUUGAUGACCGACAUCAUCGACAAUGCCCCGCAAGAUCAAAAGGAAAAGAUCAAGAACCUUGUCGACAUCUGGGAGUGCUGCUGCUCCUUCCCGCCCUCCUGUUCAACUCAUUCCGCGAGAAACUGA